AAUUCAACAAAAAAAAGUCACAAUUGGUGGCGAAUAUUCACACAAGCAAUAAUCUCAUAUAAAAACAGAACAAUGGCUUCUCCAAAAGCAUCAUCACUAAGCAAAUACUCUGCUCUAGCAUCAUAUAAUAUCACCAAUAUCACUAAAUCAAUGGCAACUGCUGGUGUGUUUGAAGUUCGUCCUCCUACGAUUGCUCCCACUUCCGAACCACCGCCUCUCUUUGAUGGAACUACCAGGUUGUACAUGAGUUAUUCGUGCCCGUUUGCGCAACGCGUAUGGAUUACUAGGAACUAUAAGGGAUUGCAAGACAAGAUCAAAUUGGUUCCUAUUGAUCUACAGAACAAGCCUGCUUGGUACAAAGAGAAGGUCCACCCAGAAAAUAAGGUGCCAUCUCUCGAACAUGAUGGCAAGGUUUUAGCUGAAAGUAUUGACUUGAUCAAAUAUGUUGAUGCAAAUUUUGAAGGACCAUCACUAGUGCCUAAUGACCCAACCAAGAAGGAAUUUGGAGAGGAGUUAAUAAAGUAUGUUGAUACUUUUGUCAAAGAUGUGUUUGGUUCGUUCAAGGGUGAUCCUGUGACGCAAACAAGUGCUUCAUUUGACUACUUGGAGAAUGCUCUUGGUAAAUUUGAUGGGCCAUUUUUCCUUGGUGAAUUUAGUUUGGUGGAUAUUGCCUAUAUUCCAUUCAUUGAAAGGUUCCAAAUUGCAUUCUCAGAAUUGUAUAAGCAUGACAUCACAGUUGGAAGGCCUAAAUUUGCAACAUGGAUUGAGGAGCUGAACAAUAAUGAUGCUUAUAAGCAGACAAAACUUGAUAAUCCACAACAAUUCGUUGGCUUUGUCAAGAAAGUCUCCUUGGGACAGUAGUAGCAUCAGAUGCAAUUGUUUGUGACAGUACUAGUAGUAGUUACAUGGAGUGCUCCAAAAUUAAUGUCGCUGCAAAUUUAUAAUAAUUGCCGGUUGUGGAAGCUGUUGUGAAUUUCUAAUAAUGUUUCUGUACCAGCAUGUAAUGUACUGUAUUGUGGAGUAUAACCUUGUAAUGUAAAAUUAAUAAUAAACAUAUCUUUGAGUUUA